CAGCUGCAGUCAGUGCUCUGGACCCCUCAGGCCGGCUUGGGCUCUGGUCCUGCUGCUCCAACCCCAAGGGCCUCUAGCAGCGAGCCCUGAUUCCUCCACCUCCCACCAUGGCCAGCCAGUCCUGCCUCCCUCCCAACCCACGCGCCUCGGCCCUGAAACCCUCGAGGCAGCACUUGGGAGACAUUCAAGUGGGCACGAGUGUGGCCAUCCAGCGCAGCGACAAGCGGAUCCACCUGGCCGUGGUCACAAAGAUGAACAGAGAAAACUCUUGGGUCACGGUAGAGUGGGUUGAGAAAGAAGUCAAAAAAGGUAAGAAGAUUGACAUAGAGACCAUAUUGCUGCUUAAUCCAGCUCUAGCCUCGGCGGAGCACCCCGCGCCAUCCAAGCCCUGGUCCCCUUUGCCUCUAGCGCCCUCUUCCGCUAUCGGAGACCAGCGAUCAGCUUCAGGGUGGAUUGCUAUGGUUCCCCAGAAAAAUGAAACACCCUCAGGGGACAGCCCGGCCGUGAGGGUCCCCAGCAAUCCUUGUCUGAUGAAGAGGAAAAAGUCUCCCUGCCUACGGGAAAUUGAGAAACUGCAGAAGCAGCGGGAAAAGCGCAGGCGGCUGCAGCUGGAGAUCCGAGCCAGACGCGCCCAAGAUGUCAACACAGGGAACCCCAACUAUGAAAUCAUGCACAUGAUCGAAGACUACCGCAGGCACCUGGACGGCAGCAAGAUGUCCAGACUGGAGCCCCCCGAAGACCAUAGAAUCUGCGUCUGCGUGAGGAAACGACCUCUCAACCAGCGAGAGACCACCAUGAAGGAUCUGGACAUCAUCACUAUCCCCUCGGACAACGUGGUCAUGGUGCACGAGUCCAAGCAAAAGGUGGACCUCACCCGUUACCUGGAGAACCAGACUUUCUGCUUCGACCAUGCCUUUGAUGACACCGCCUCCAACGAGUUAGUGUACCAGUUCACCGCCCAGCCGCUCGUGGAAUCCAUCUUCCGCAAAGGCAUGGCCACCUGCUUUGCCUACGGGCAGACCGGCAGCGGGAAAACGCACACCAUGGGCGGGGCCUUUUCCGGAAGGAAUCAAGAUUGUUCUAAAGGCAUUUAUGCAUUGGUGGCACAGGACGUCUUUCUCCUGCUCAAAGACUCUGCCUAUAGGAAUCUGGAUUUGAAAGUCUAUGGGACGUUUUUUGAGAUUUAUGGGGGCAAGGUAUAUGAUUUGUUGAACUGGAAGAAGAAGCUGCAAGUCCUUGAAGAUGGGAAUCAGCAAAUACAAGUGGUUGGCUUGCAGGAGCAGGAGGUGCGCUGUGUGGAGGAAGUGCUGAACCUCUUCCAGAUAGGAAACAGCUGCCGGACAUCCGGGCAGACAUCUGUCAACGCCCACUCCUCCAGGAGCCACGCCGUAUUCCAGAUCAUCCUGAAGUCAAGAGGAAAGCUGCAUGGCAAGUUUUCCCUUGUUGACUUAGCUGGGAAUGAAAGGGGAGCUGAUAUUGCCAAGGUCAACCGGAAGAGGCAGCUGGAAGGGGCGGAGAUUAAUAAGAGCCUCCUUGCCCUCAAAGAAUGCAUUCGGGCUUUGGGUCAGAACAAGUCUCACACCCCGUUCAGAGCCAGCAAACUCACGCAGGUCCUCCGGGACUCCUUUAUAGGCCAGAAUUCUUCCACUUGCAUGAUUGCUACUAUCUCUCCAGGGAUGACCUCGUGUGAAAACACCCUCAACACUUUAAGGUAUGCGAACAGGGUCAAAGAAUUAACUUUAGAUGUAAGGUCUUGCCAUCAUUGCCUCUAUCCCAUUGGACAGGAAGCACCAAGGAUGAUAGGAAAGCAUGUUAGGAAUUCAGAAAUGUCCCUUCAGAGGGGUAAGUUUAUUAAAAUACUUUCUAUGCAGAGUGAGGAGGAGAAAGAGACGGAAGACAUUGAAUAUCUAUCCACCCCAUUGAUGGAUACAACCACCUCAAGGGAGGCAUGUGAUCAAUGGUGGGAAAACAUUCAAGAGACAGCCGACGUUGAUUUUUGCAUUGCCCAGUCAUUGUCCAUUCUAGAAAAGAAAAUUAGUGUUCUGACCGAGAUCCAAAAGAAACUGAAAUUAUUACGAGCUCAUCUGCAAAAGAGCAAGGCAGAGUGAAGUCAACAGCAAGAAAUUCGAUCUGAAAUGAUGGUGAUAGUGCUACAGUUUCUACCUCUCUUAUAUAGGACAUUGUCCAAAUUAUCAAAAUAUACAUAUCCUCCUGGGAAGCAUACACAUCUUAAAAUAUGCUGGCCAUAAUGUGCUCUUUCUUCUUCCUCUAUAUUUCUGUAAAUCGUUUCCAUUCUGUAAGUUCUCAACUGGGAAUAAUGUCCCCCCAGGCAAUGUCUGGGAACAUUUUCCAUUGUUACUACUCGGGGAAGAAGGGGUAGAGGGCCAGAGAUCCUGCUAAACAUCCAACAAUAUACAGGACAGUCUCUGGCAAUGAGAGAUUAUCUGGUUGAAAAUACCAUUGCUAGCAAAGUUGAGAGGCCUUCCUGUAGGAAGAAACCAACUCUGAUGAAACCCUAAAUUUGAAGUCAGGAAAGCAAUAACCUGUGAAUUAAAGAGGCUGGAAUGAAAACACAUGAAGAGGUACACAAUGAAAUAAAUCUAAAGAUACUAUGAAUCUUCGUGGCAUUGCCAAGUAGAUUCAAAUGAUUUCUAAGACCAGUCAUACUGGAAGAAUUUGGAAUUUCCUUUGCAAUCCUGUAGGAAAGCUUAGAAUUUAGAGGGGUUUUUUUGUUUGUUUUCAAUUGAAAUUACAAAGUACUCUGCUGUCUGGGAGUGAUGAAAUGAAGUGUGUGUGUGUGUGUGUGUGUGUGUGUGUGUGUUUUGCAUAAGUAGAGGUUUUAUUGACCAUGGUGUCUUUAAGCCCUUUUUUCACUCAAUCUGGCCACAUUUUGUUCUUAUAUGAUACACAUAAAAAGCUUUCCUGCAUCAAAUUAAGACAGAAUAAAUCAGCAAAAUAAUAGAAAGACACCUACCUAAAGUAGAACACACUCCAUAAAGUCCUCAAGAGUUAUGUGAAAAACUCUAAUGUUUUAUAUCAGGAAGCAGAAAAUUUUCCUAGUUUAGAGAUUACAAAGUCCAUCUUUGAAAAAAGGACUAAGAAGAUAUGCAAAUAUGACUAUAAUACAUACUUUUACAUGCAAAGCAAUGAAUUUAAUACCCAAUAAACAUAUUUGUGGAAAACAACUAUAAAAGGAAAGAAAGACUAGAAAAAGAUCUUUUGGUUUCAGAUUGAUCAGAUUCAAACUUCUAAAACAAGAAUUAAAGAGGAAUGAUUUCUAAAGAAAGUUAUGUGUCAGAUUGGAAAAAUUGG